CGCCCGCCAGGCGGCAGAAGCAGUUAGGGAAGCUAAGCUAGCCUCACGGGCACCGGACACCUCUCUAAACUGAGGGGACCUAGGCAGGAUUAGAGCCGCCCCACUGACUACAGGCCGUGUCGUGUUACCGUUUCUACAGGCACCAUGAGCCAGGACACCGAAGUGGACCUGAAAGAUGUGGAGCUGAACGAACUAGAACCGGAGAAGCAGCCUAUGAAUGCAGCGGACGGGGCUGCGGCCGGAGAGAAGAACGGUCUAGUGAAGAUCAAGGUGGCCGAAGACGAGACAGAGGCCGGGGUUAAGUUCACCGGCUUAUCCAAGGAGGAGCUAUUGAAGGUAGCGGGCAGCCCGGGCUGGGUGCGCACCCGCUGGGCGCUGCUGCUGCUCUUCUGGCUCGGUUGGCUGGGCAUGCUGGCGGGCGCCGUGGUUAUCAUCGUUCGGGCGCCGCGCUGCCGUGAGCUGCCGGUACAGAGGUGGUGGCACAAGGGCGCCCUCUACCGCAUAGGCGACCUUCAGGCCUUCGUUGGCUCGGAAGCGGGAGGCAUAGCUGGUCUGAAGAACCAUCUGGACUACUUGAGCACUCUGAAGGUGAAGGGCCUUGUUUUAGGCCCAAUUCACAAGAACCAGAAGGAUGAAAUCAAUGAAACCGACUUGAAACAGAUUAAUCCCGCUUUAGGCUCCCAGGAAGAUUUUAAAGACCUUCUACAAAGUGCCAAGAAAAAGAGCAUUCACAUAAUUUUGGACCUCACUCCCAACUACCAGGGCCAGAAUGCGUGGUUCCUCCCUGCUCAGGCUAACGUUGUAGCCACCAAAGUGAAGGAAGCUCUGAGUUCUUGGUUGCAGGAUGGUGUAGAUGGCUUCCAAGUUCGGGAUGUGGAACAGCUGACGAAUGCAUCCUUGUACUUGGCUGAGUGGCAGAAUAUCACCAAGAACUUCAGUGAGGACAGGCUUUUGAUUGCAGGGACUGAGUCCUCUGACCUGCAGCAAAUUGUCAACAUACUUGAAUCCACCGACCUGCUGCUGACUAGCUCAUACCUGUCAAAUUCCACUCUCACUGGGGAGCAUACAGAAAUCCUAGUCACUAAGUAUUUGAAUGCCACUGGCAGUCACUGGUGCAGCUGGAGUGUGUCACAGGCAGGACUCCUGACAGCCUUUAUACCAGCUCGGCUUCUCCGACUCUACCAGCUGCUGCUAUUCACUCUGCCAGGGACUCCUGUUUUCAGCUAUGGAGAUGAGCUUGGCCUUCAGGCAGCUCUCCUUCCUGGACAGCCUGUGAAGGCCCCAUUCAUGCUGUGGGAUGAGUCCAGCAUCUCCAACACUGCAAGACCUGUAAGCCUCAAUAUGACAGUGAAGGGCCAGAAUGAAGACCCUGGCUCCCUCCUUACCCAAUUCCGGCGGCUGAGUGACCUUCGGGGUAAGGAGCGCUCUCUGUUGCACGGUGACUUCCAUGCACUGUCCUCAUCUGGCCUCUUCUCCUACAUCCGCUACUGGGACCAGAAUGAGCGUUACCUGGUGGUGCUCAACUUCCAGGAUGUGGGGCUGUCAGCCAGGCUAGGGGCCUCCAACCUCCCUGCUGGCAUAAGCCUGCCAGCCAGUGCCAGCCUUUUGCUUAGUACUGACAGUGCCCGGCAAAGCCGUGAGGAGGGCGCCUCCCUGAACCUAGAAAACCUGAGCCUGAAUCCUCAUGAGGGCUUGCUGUUACAGUUCCCCUUUGUGGCCUGAUCCUGCCUAUGUAGAACCUACCACCCUCCUUUCCUCUCCCCCAGGCCUUUUGAAUUCUGGUCUUUCCUUGUUUUUGUUUUUAAACUUUUGCAGAUUACAUUGAAUUACAGUGAAUUCUUACACUGGGUGUUUUUGUCUUCAAAUAAAAAGAUCACCCCGCCUCA